AUUCUAUGCUCUGUCUGUGCGUUGAAUGUGGCGCGAGAGACCAAGGCAAGGUUGUGUACAUAUAAACUUCUGCCUAAAAAAAAUCAAUAAAUAGUUUUCUUUCGUCUUUUUAUCUAAAGUUUGAGGGGGCUUUGCUAUUUGUGACUACAAACGCACAGGACGUACUGCUCAUCAAGGUGAAAAUGCCUCGUAGACGACAGAGAAAUAUGGCCGGGAGUGGUUCAGAUGGUACUGAAGACUCGGACUCUUCUGCUGAAAGAGAACAGACCAAUAGUUCAGAAAGCGAUGGGAACAUGCACAAGAGACAGCGCCUCACCAGAGCCUCUACUCGCCUUAGCCAAAGCUCUCAGGAUACUCCGGAGUUGAAGCGAGCUGCGGACCAUGAUGAAUCUCCACCAUUGACACCCACAGGAAAUGCUCCCUCCUCUGAAUCUGAGCUGGACAUCUCCAGCCCCAAUGCCUCCCAUGAUGAGAGCCAGGCCAAAGAUCAAGCCAACAGAGACUCAGAUAAGGACCUCUCCCAUCGACCCAAACGGCGCCGCUGUCACGAGACCUACAACUUCAACAUGAAAUGUCCUACGCCGGGAUGCAAUUCGCUCGGUCACCUCACAGGAAAACAUGAACGCCAUUUUGCUGUAUCAGGUUGCCCUCUUUACCACAAUCUUUCUGCUGACGAAUGCAAGGUGAAAGCCAUCAGCCGCGAGAAACAAGAGGAGGAGGUGAAGGGGCAGGAGGAAAGCAACUCACGCCAUGCAACUCGUCACCAGACACCAACAUCGAAACAGAGCAGAUACAAAGAGCAGGUGGCUGAGAUGAGGAAGGGGCGAAACUCUGGCCUUCAGAAGGAGCAGAAAGAAAAGCACAUGGAGCAUCGGCAGACACACGCCAACACCAGAGAGCCUCUGCUGGAGAACAUCACCAGUGAUUACGACCUGGAGCUCUUCAGAAAAGCCCAGGCCCGUGCAUCUGAAGAUCUGGAGAAGCUGCGUAUCCAGGGUCAGAUCACUGAGGGCAGUAACAUGAUCAAGACCAUCCUGUUUGGCCGCUACGAGCUGGACACCUGGUACCACUCACCCUAUCCUGAGGAGUACGCACGUCUGGGUCGCCUCUACGUCUGCGAAUUCUGCCUCAAGUACAUGAAGAGCCAGACCAUUCUCAGGCGACACAUGGCCAAGUGUGUGUGGAAGCAUCCUCCAGGAGAUGAGGUGUACAGAAAAGGGGCUAUAUCUGUGUUUGAAGUUGACGGCAAAAAGAAUAAGAUCUACUGCCAGAACCUAUGUUUACUUGCCAAGCUCUUCUUGGACCACAAAACGCUGUACUACGAUGUGGAGCCUUUUCUCUUCUACGUCAUGACUGAGGCCGACAACACUGGCUGCCAUUUAGUGGGAUACUUUUCCAAGGAGAAGAAUUCCUUUCUCAACUACAAUGUAUCCUGUAUCCUGACAAUGCCGCAGUACAUGAGGCAGGGCUUUGGCAAGAUGCUCAUUGACUUCAGCUACCUCCUGUCCAAAGUGGAGGAGAAGGUGGGCUCACCGGAGAGGCCUCUGUCUGACCUGGGCCUCAUCAGUUACCGUAGCUACUGGAAGGAAGUAUUACUCAGAUACAUGUGUAAUUUCCAAGGCAAGGAGAUCUCCAUCAAAGAGAUCAGUCAGGAAACUGCUGUCAAUCCGGUGGACAUUGUGAGCACCCUGCAGUCUCUUCAGAUGCUGAAGUAUUGGAAGGGAAAACACUUAGUGUUGAAGCGACAGGACCUGAUUGAUGAGUGGAAAGCGAAAGAGAUCAAGCGGGGAAAUAGCAACAAAACCAUUGACCCGAGCUCCCUAAAGUGGACCCCUCCCAAAGGGACAUAAGCACUAAGAUCCUCAGGCUACUGAAUGAACUCACCUCUAGCCUCACCAGCCACAAGUAGCCUAGACCUACAAACUGUCAAUAAAGACCUUUCUUUCUUUCAUGUUUUUACCCUGCUUAUUUGUGUCAGAACUUUUUUACUUUUAUAUUUUACUUUGAUUUAUGUUUUAAGCACCAUACGUUCCAAGUCCAAUGAUUCUUGACUUAAACAUUGUCAAACAAUUAACAGUAGAGAAUCUGUUUGUCCUAUUUGUUUUAAAACUGCCUACUUCUACUAAGCUUUGAAUGUUAAAUGAUAAAUGUUCCAGUGUGGUGGAUAACAUGAAUGUUUUGCUUUGCAAAAACUAAAACAAAAACAUCUCUACAUUUGGCAGCACUUACAGGCUGUUAUUUUUAUUUCAUUCAAGAAAUGUGCUUUUUCCAGAUGGUAGCUUUUGUUUAGGAUUAAUACAAUAAUUGUUAGCAUGAAUUGAAACAGUAAGCAGAGUGUAUUUUGAGGAGUAUGAUGUAUGGUAAUGUCUUUGGUUGGUGUAAAAUUGUAUAGAUCAUAGUAUUAUGUACUUCUUUUUUCAAGCUCCAUCAAUACAGGAUUUGGAUCCAUUCCUCUGAUAAACCUGCCAAAUAGUGGGAUAAUAAAUUCAGAUAUUUUUAAUUUGCAGAGAAUAUAAAAAGUGACGACAAUACCACUGUAAGAAUGCACAUAGAAAUAAAACAACCUCAGGUUUUUAUACUGAUACAAUCAUACCUUGCUUGUGUGGUUUCUCCGAAACAUCGAUCUCAGUGGUUGUUGCAGAUGGAAUUAUUCUGGUUAAAGAUUCUGUAAUAAACAGAAAACAUUUUAAUGGGACUGUCUUUGCUUUGUACUUUUAAUCAUAGUUGAUAAGUGUGUAUUAGCAACUAGAUAUUUUUAAUAUCAAUAAAGCUGCCUUGAUAUUUUAAAAUUA